AUGUAUUCAUAUUACAAUCCACGAAAAUCAGAUGACCUUGGAAUUAUGGCUGAGGGAUUGGCUACUGUUUGUGCCACAUUGGGAGACUUGCCCAAUUAG